UUAGCUGCGGAGCUUCCCCGGGCCUAGCGGCACCUCCCUCCUCGCUGCCAGGGCAGGGACGAUGACAGAUUCAAUUAAAGCGCCCAAGCCAGGCAGACACCUCAAGUCUCCCAGGAGUUGUGGCUGGGGAUUCCUGGCACCCAGUCCAUCUGGCCCCCCUGUCCACCAGAUACCAACUGGGCACAGCCGUUCCACAAGCAGGGCUUUCUCCCACGUGCCCAGCUUGGGGGACAUUCCAGGGGCUGCUCCUGCCACCCAGCCCAGGGAUAGCCUGCGGCGAGAGGGCUACACGGUGCAGGUGAACGUGAAUGAUUAUCUGGAUAUUUACUGCCCGCACUACAAUAGCUCGGGGGUGGGCCCCGGGGCGGGGCCAGGGCCCGGAGGCGGGGCGGAGCAGUACGUGCUGUAUAUGGUGAGCCGGACGGGCUACCGCACCUGCAACGCCAGCCAGGGCUUCAAGCGCUGGGAAUGCAACCGACCGCACGCCCCCCACAGCCCCAUCAAGUUCUCGGAGAAGUUCCAGCGCUACAGCGCCUUCUCGCUGGGCUACGAGUUCCACGCCGGCCACGAGUACUACUACAUCUCCACGCCCACCCACAACCUGCACUGGAAGUGUCUGAGAAUGAAAGUGUUCGUCUGCUGCGCCUCCAAAGACUUUGAGGGAGAGAACCCCCAGGUGCCCAAGCUUGAGAAGAGCAUCAGCGGGACCAGCCCCAAGCGGGAACACCUGCCCCUGGCGAUGGGCAUCGCCUUCUUCCUUAUGACACUCUUGGCCUCCUAGCUCUGCCCCCUCCCUUGGCAGGGAGAGAUGGGGUGGGGCUGGGACAGAGCGGGGAGCCUUUGGCCUCUGAAGGGAAGCCUAGCCAAUGGGGCCUAGACCCCUCCUCCAAAGGCUGGCUGUGGGUUCUGCACCAUACGUAUGUGCCCGCCCCUCUGCCCCCUCCCCCCCAACGUAGGGCACUGUAGUGGACCAGGUGCAGGGACAGCCACGGGUCCUAGGUGGCCUUGUGGCUCUGGUAAUGUUUGGUACCAAACUGGGGGGCUAUAAAGGGCAGUGUUCAGGACUCCCUACCCCUGGUACCUUUCUCUGACCCCUGGUGCCCUCCGCCCUUUGUCCCCCCAGAGAGACAAAUAUGCCCCAGAGAGCGCAAAUCAAAGCAUGGGAGACACCCCAUCACUCUCCUCUAGGGGCAGAACAUGGGGAGGGGACUAGAUGGGCGAGGGGGUGGCAUCGCCUGCUGCCCUCUUCCCCUGUUUACAGCAAUAAGCAUGUCCUCCUCCCCCCACUCCCACUCCCAGGUUUGUGGUUUGGAUUGAAUCCAAGUUUACACGUAGACACCCCUGGGUGGGCGGGUAGUGGACAACGUUGACAAGGGGUGGGCAUUGGGGUGCCAGGCAGGCAUGUACAGACUCUAUAUCUCUAUAUAUAAUGUACAGACGGACAGAGUCCCUCUCCUUCCUUAACCCCCGACCUUCCUUGACUUCCCCUCCCAGCUUCAGACCCUUCCCCACCAGGCUAGGCCCCCCCACUGGGGGACCCCCUGGCCCCUCUUUUGUCUUCUGUGAAGACAGGACCUAUGCAACGCACAGACACUUUUGGAGACCGUGAGACAACAAUGCCCCUGUCCCUCCAGCCCUGAGCCGGGACCCAGCUCCCAGGACCUUGCCCUGCUCACCCUCUGUGGCCCCCACCCAUCCUCCUGGGCCUUUUUCAAGUGCUUUGGCUGUGACUUUCAUAUUCUGCUCUUAGUCUAAAAAAAUAAACUGGAGAUAAAAAUAA